AGAGAGGAGGGAUGUAUUGAAACAGACUCUGGCUACUUCCAGCACCGUAUAGCAGCUCUGCUCCUACAUUUCCCUGCCUAACUCUGUUCUGAAUGUACUAGAGAGGGGAUGGUCCGGCCGGGACUAUAAACUGCUUCUCUUGGGAAACUACAUUAGCUCACCGUUACUUCAAAGGUCUCGUCAGGCAGAGGUGACGCCAGGAAAUGAUUUAAAGGUGAAAAUGACAAGGUUUCCACCCCUCAAACCCUGGCUCCUUUUCUGACAAUACCGUGAAUGAACCGAUGUCUCCUUUACCGUGGAAAUAGGAUCGGAAGAGGGAAGCAUUUUCUCCCUUAAUUCUUGAUAAAGAACGUUGUUGGGAAGCUCUGUCUCUGAAAAUCUCAGAAUUGUGGCACAGAUGGAUUUUAAAAAGUGUUAACUCUUUCCAAUGAGCGCUAAGACAGCCCCCUGCUCUUGGCUGGAUUUUUCAGAGAAUGGCAAUGGUCUCUGCGAUGUCCUGGGUCCUGUACUUGUGGAUAAGUGCUUGUGCGAUGCUGCUCUGCCAUGGAUCCCUCCAACACACCUUCCAGCAGCAUCACCUGCACAGACCAGAAGGAGGGACCUGUGAAGUGAUCGCAGCCCAUAGAUGUUGUAACAAGAACCGCAUAGAGGAGCGGUCGCAAACAGUGAAGUGUUCCUGUCUACCUGGAAAAGUGGCCGGAACAACAAGAAAUCGACCUUCCUGUGUGGAUGCUUCCAUAGUGAUUGGGAAAUGGUGGUGUGAGAUGGAGCCCUGCCUAGAAGGAGAAGAAUGUAAGACACUCCCUGAUAAUUCUGGAUGGAUGUGUGCUACAGGCAACAAAAUUAAGACCACAAGAAUUCAUCCAAGAACCUAACAGAAGGAUUCGUUGUAAAAAAUUAACAAAAGGGAGGAAAACCAACCUGUGGAAAAUACAUUUUGAAAAUUGAAAGCACUCUUACACACUUACAAGCAAAAUGGAUCUCUUAUUUGCACUUUGACUGGUUACCAGGUAAUCACAGUGCAUUUCCUGUGUGAAACAAAACAUCCCAUAAUAAGAAGAGUCGGAAUCUUUUGGCAACACCAUGGAAAGUGGGUUUAAAGAAAGAGUUUUCUCGGUGAAAUUUUUGGGAAUCAUGAAGAACGAUCAACUAUCUUCAAAUUUGGAUCUACCAUUACUUUGUACCAUUUGAAAUAUAUGUACAUAUAAUAUUUUGAAAUAUGAUAUAUUCUCUUCAAGAAAUGAACAGCACCACAGUGUGAGAUGGCUGGUGUGUCCCUUUCCGUUUUGGAUGUUUGGUUGGUUUUGUCUUAUUUGCCAUUACGUUCUCUCUUGGUGGGUGAGGAAGAUAUGUGCCAAGGUGAGAAUCCAACAUGGCACUGUUCCUGGAAGGCCGGCUGCAGGUGGACUCCUGGAAUCUGAGGCAUCCUAAUGAUACUGAGUCAAGAGCUUCCUUCUGUUUUUACCGGAUGGCCCAAAGAAGCCAAUCGUCUUGUUUUAUUGCUUUCAACCCUGUGCAAUAUUAGCAUGCAAGCUCGGCUUACAUAACCAUACUUUAUAUUCAAUUGAUAUAUAAUAACCGUUUUAACCUCUUCCAGGAAAAUAUUUUUAGAACUACUAGCUUUUUCCACAGAUAAACAAAUGAGGAUUGUUGAGGGAGCUGCUCCACCAUGCUAUUAAGACUCUUGCAGGAUGGUAGGCUGUAGAUCCCUGUAUUACUGAGUCCUGUAAAUACAAUGUCUUGGGGCUUUGUAUAGCUGUCCUAGACUGCAGAAGCAUCCUCGAUUAAAUCCAAAGUCUGCCAUUGUUAACUACAUAGUGCUGUAGCAACAAGUCUUAUCAUGGCACCUCUUUCUAUGUUUGAUUUGCUUUUUCCUAGAGUAUUUAGCUCUCCUCUGGUGAGACAGGAUGGCUAUGAAAGCAAUUAAGUUUCACAAUGAUCUAUGUGACCACGUGUUGGACAGCCCUAUUAAAGUGGUAAAUAACUUCUUUCUAAA